AUGCCAAAACUAUCCGAGAAUUAUUUUCUUAGAAAAUACUAUUUAGAGACAAAUCAAGUUCCAACUCAAACAACGAUGAAAGAGAGAAUGUCGGCGCCAUUGGCACACGUUUAUUUUAAAUCAAUGCCUCCUAAAAUUAAGGUCCUCGCCGGCCUUGAACCGCCUAUGAAAGGCGGUGGAAGCGACUGGUACAUACCACCAGAUGAUUUACUGAAAGGCAGAGCCGUUAUGAAACCGUUGAAAAAAAAGUUCCUUUCAAAAUUAGGCUUCGAUGGUAUAGACUUUUUUGGGCAACAGAUACUAGAAAAUCAUCAGAGGCAAAUGGAAGAAGAAAAAGAAAGAAUGCUAUUAGAAAACGAUAAUAAUUGGAAACUAAGUAUAGAGAAAAAUUGUAGACAGAAAUUUGAGGAUGCUUCAAGAGAACAUGCUAGACAAAAUACUACAAAAAUACAGAAUGCCUUCCAAGAGUUCACAUCUUUGUACAUGACAUCCGUUACAAGAAUUGAACAAAUGAUAAUGGAAGCAUCAGCGAAACAAAUAAGAUGUGGUCAAGAAGAAACUUUUAAUAAAAUGUCUUCUAAGUUACAGAGUCUCGUUAAGCAUCAAGCUACUAUGUUAUACGACGAAUAUACAGAAAAGCUAAUGAAUGAAAAGGCAAGAUUAAAAGACGAUUUUAUAAACAAAGUGGAAUGUGCAAGAACAAUGAUGGGAGAUAAGCUUCAUGAUAUUAAUGUUGAAAAAACAUCUUGCCAUAGAAAAGUUGAGGAUUGUCUUAGAGUGCCAGAAUUUAGCAUGUCAAGUAUAUGUGUCACUGAAGGAACGUGA